AUGGAUGAAUUAGAACAGCUGGAGCAUCUCUCUUUGGUUUCUAAAAUUUGUACGGAACUAGAAAACCAUCUCGGAUUGAAUGAUAAAGAUUUGGCGGAGUUUAUAAUCGACUUGGCACACAAAAAUCCUAGUAUCGAAGCAUUCAAGCGUGUGCUCGUAGAAAAUGGAGCCGAAUUCUCUGACUCAUUUGCAAACAAUCUUCUACGUAUCAUACAACUCAUGAAACCAGCGAACAAACAUGGUGCAUCAUUCGAAGACGAUAUCAACGAUGGAAAAAAUCUUGCUGUCAAGUUUCCCGGAUUGGCAAUACCGAACAAUCGACAUGCAUAUUCCUCCGACGAAGAUGGAGACAGCAAGAAAAAGGACAUUAAGCAUAGGGAUUACAAAGAAGAUAAAAAGCAUAUCAUCAGUGGAGUAGACAACAUGUUUGCUGAACUGGAAAAUCUGGCUCCAUCCAAAUCGUAUGAAGAUGAAACGCAAACGAAGCGUAGAGACCGGCGUAGCCUAUCAAGGGAACGAAGAAAAGACCGCAGUAAAUCUAGAGAAAAGAGACGUGAUCGAAGUAAAUCGAGAAAUCGACGACGUAGAAGCAGAUCGAAGGAAAGACGACGUAGAAGUCGCUCGAAGAGUCGCGAUCGACACGACCGUGACCGGCAUCGAGACCGGGAUCGUGAUCGUGGCAGAGAGCGAGAUCGUCGAUCAAGACGUAGCCGUUCGAGGAGUCAUUCCAAGGAACGAAGUCGUUAUCGCAACCGAACGCCUACACGGGAACCUCCUAUAAUGGAGAAAAGACAACGGACACCACCGAUGCCGGAAGAGCCGGAGGCUGGAAAUAUCUACGAUGGUCGAGUGGUGAACAUUGUCGCGUUCGGGUGUUUUGUGCAACUGACUGGCUUCCGACGAAAGAAGGAAGGUCUUGUGCACAUUUCUCAACUCUCCACCGAAGGUCGAGUAAACCUCGUCACGGAUGUUGUCAACCGAGGGGAUGAUGUAAAGGUAAAAGUGAUGUCGCUGGCUGGUAAUAAGAUUUCUCUCAGCAUGAAAGAGGUAGAACAGACAACUGGACGCGAUUUGAAUCCGUUGUCUCAUGCCCACCUGAAAGAAUCUGCCGACACGGAUGCUACGGGACGGAAUCCAGAUCGACCGAUGAACGUACCGUCGAUGCUGAACCUUCAGGAAGGUACGAUUGAACCUGUAGAAGAAACAUCACGCAAAAAAGUGACGAGAAUUUCCUCACCCGAACGCUGGGAGAUUAAGCAAAUGAUUUCAUCGGGAGUAAUCGACCGCUCCGAGAUGCCUGAUUUCGACGAAGAGACUGGUCUGCUCCCGAAAGACGAGGAUAGCGAGGCGGACAUUGAGAUUGAAAUCGUCGAAGAUGAGCCUCCAUUCCUACAGGGCCACGGUCGUGCUUUGCACGACCUUUCGCCGGUGCGUAUAGUAAAAAACCCUGACGGUUCCCUGGCCCAGGCGGCCAUGAUGCAGACAGCGCUGGCAAAGGAGCGACGCGAACAGAAGAUGUUACAGCGCGAACAAGAGAUGGACGCGGCACCUACGAACAUGAGCAAAAACUGGAUCGACCCCCUGCCAGACGAGGAUGACGAGCGUUCGAUGGCUUCGAACACGCGUGGUGUCGGAAUGUCCACUCAGGACGUGCCAGAAUGGAAAAAAGCCAUCAUCGGGGGUAAGAAGAGUUCGUUCGGGCGGAAAACCGAUAUGAGCCUGGUGGAGCAACGCCAAUCGUUGCCGAUCUACAAAUUGCGGGACGAUCUCAUCAAAGCCGUCACCGACAACCAGAUCCUAAUCGUGAUCGGUGAAACAGGUUCGGGAAAAACGACUCAGAUUACGCAGUAUCUCGCAGAAAGCGGGUUCAUUGCGCGAGGCAAGAUAGGUUGCACGCAGCCACGACGCGUUGCUGCCAUGUCGGUAGCGAAACGUGUGGCAGAGGAGUACGGUUGUCGACUGGGUCAGGAAGUUGGCUAUACGAUCCGGUUCGAGGACUGCACGAGCCAAGAAACGGUGAUCAAAUAUAUGACCGACGGAAUGUUGUUGCGCGAAUGUCUUGUAGAUUUCGAUCUCAAAUCAUACUCCGUUAUCAUGCUGGACGAGGCACACGAACGCACCAUCCACACAGACGUGUUGUUCGGGCUGUUGAAGCAAGCAGUGCAAAAGCGACCUGAGUUGAAGCUGAUCGUUACAUCCGCCACACUGGAUGCGGUGAAGUUCUCGCAAUACUUCUUUGAGGCACCCAUUUUCACCAUUCCCGGUCGGACGUUCCCUGUGGAGAUUCUCUAUACCAAGGAACCGGAAACAGACUACCUCGACGCAUCACUCAUCACCGUAAUGCAGAUACAUCUACGCGAACCACCUGGUGAUGUUCUGCUGUUUCUCACCGGACAGGAGGAGAUCGACACGGCGUGCGAGAUUCUGUACGAACGCAUGAAAUCCCUUGGGCCGGACGUACCCGAGUUGAUCAUCCUACCCGUAUAUUCGGCUCUGCCAUCCGAGAUGCAAACUCGUAUCUUCGAUCCGGCCCCGCCCGGUAGUCGAAAAGUGGUGAUUGCAACCAACAUCGCCGAAACAUCGCUUACGAUCGACGGUAUCUACUACGUGGUCGAUCCGGGCUUUGUUAAACAGAAAGUGUACAACUCGAAGACAGGCAUGGACUCACUGGUAGUCACUCCCAUCUCGCAGGCUGCGGCCAAACAGCGUGCAGGUCGAGCCGGACGUACCGGACCUGGAAAAGCUUAUCGGCUCUACACGGAGCGGGCCUAUCGGGACGAGAUGCUACCCACGCCGGUGCCGGAGAUUCAGCGGACUAAUCUCGCCACAACAGUGCUACAGCUGAAAACAAUGGGCAUCAAUGAUCUGCUACAUUUCGACUUCAUGGACGCGCCGCCGGUUGAAUCACUCGUGAUGGCACUCGAACAGCUACACUCAUUGUCCGCACUCGAUAAUGAGGGUUUGCUAACACGGCUUGGCCGUCGGAUGGCCGAAUUUCCACUCGAACCAAAUCUGUCCAAGCUGCUCAUCAUGUCCGUAGCGCUUCAGUGCUCCGAUGAGGUGCUCACAAUAGUCUCCAUGUUGUCGGUGCAGAACGUGUUCUACCGGCCGAAGGACAAGCAGGCUCUGGCAGAUCAGAAAAAGGCCAAGUUUAAUCAAAUCGAAGGUGACCAUCUGACCCUGUUGGCGGUUUACAAUAGCUGGAAGAAUAAUAAAUUUUCAAACGCCUGGUGCUACGAAAACUUCGUGCAGAUUCGUACACUUAAACGCGCCCAGGACGUGCGGAAGCAGCUGCUUGGUAUAAUGGAUCGACACAAACUAGACGUGGUUUCAGCAGGCAAGAACACGGUUCGUGUGCAGAAAGCAAUUUGUUCCGGUUUCUUCAGAAAUGCGGCAAAAAAGGAUCCCCAGGAGGGCUAUCGAACACUGGUGGACUCGCAGGUCGUUUACAUACACCCUUCCAGUGCGCUUUUCAAUCGGCAGCCGGAAUGGGUUGUUUAUCACGAACUCGUGCAGACGACGAAGGAGUACAUGCGAGAGGUGACAACGAUCGAUCCGAAGUGGCUGGUAGAGUUCGCCCCGGCCUUCUUCCGCUUCUCCGACCCGACAAAAUUGAGCAAAUUCAAGAAGAAUCAACGACUGGAACCGCUUUACAACAAGUACGAAGAGCCGAACGCGUGGCGUAUCAGCCGAACACGACGACGCAGAAAUUAAAAGAACCUUUAACGCUCCAACUAGACUGGAACUAACCUCUCUCAGUAGGCGGAGGUUAAAGACUAUCUUUUACUCUUAAUUGAAAUACAGUUUAACCACUGCCU